GAUGUCUUCUUUUUUUGAAAAACCCUGAAAGUCACCGAUCCCAACGCAAAAGAAAACCCGAACAUUUUCGUUGUUUGUUUAUACUCUCGCCAUCUCCCUUCGUUCAUCGUUGACUAACCGUUUCCUGUUGACUUACUGCUCAUCUUUCUUGGCCUUUGUCUCUGUUGAUUUUUCCUCUGUUAUCGCCGUUUCAGGUUUAUGUAAACUCUGCUCAUCCUUACAAGCUACUUUUGCUUGUCUAAGAAUUUCACUUAUCAAUCACAGAUCACAUCAUAAUCAUUUCAAUUUUCAUAAACAAGUGAUUAAAAUUUUGUUUAUUUCAGCAACUUUUUUUAGUUUACAUAUCAGUUACACUGUUAAAGUCCAGCACGUUCUUGCUUGAUGUCCAGAAUGAUAAACAAAACUUUGAACAGACUGAGGCAUUUUGUAUGGGUGUUCGCAUUAAAGCACAAGUGAAGAAAGCCAGUGAAACCAACUUUCAUAACUAAUAACCCGUAAAUUAUUAUGGUGGUUCUAUCUGAAAUUCCAGAAGGAUCUUCAUCUUCUCAUGUUCCUCCUUCAUCAACUCAUGGUCAUAGUUCAUCAACUGAUGAUCAUAGAUAUGAUGUAUUUUUAAGUUUUAGAGGUGUUGACACUCGUCAUAGUUUCACUGAUCACCUUCACAAGGCCCUCAUUGAUGCCAAUAUCAAUACCUUUUUGGAUGAUGAAGAGAUUGAAACAGGGGAAGAUCUGAAACCAGAACUGGAGACUGCAAUUAAGGCAUCCCAGGCUUCUAUUAUAGUGUUGUCUAAAAAUUACGCUUUUUCAACAUGGUGCCUUGAUGAAUUGGUGUUGAUCCUUGAGCAGCGUAUGACAUCCAACCAUAUUGUUAUUCCAAUAUUUUAUCAUGUGGAGCCCACACAUGUUAGGAAGCAACAAAGUAGCUUUGGGGAUGCAAUGGCUAAGCAUAAACAGACAAUGGAGGAAGAGACAAAUGUAAAUAAAAGAAGUCAAUGGGCUCAAAAGAUGGACCGAUGGAAUAAAGCACUUAUAGAAGUUGCUAAUUUAAAAGGGAAUGACGCAAAUGGCAGGUUAGAGACCGAGUUUAUUGAAGAAGUUGUGAAGGACAUCCACCGUAGAUUACAUAUACACUUAAGGAGCAUUGGACCACAACUUAUUGGGAUGGAAAAUCAUAUUAACUUUGUAACUUCAUGGUUGAAAGAUGCAUCAUCACAUACGACAGACAUACUUACUAUUUAUGGUAUAGGUGGGAUUGGGAAGACAUCUUUAGCUAAACAUGUCUAUGGGCUAUAUUCUCAUGAAUUCCACACAAGCAGCUAUAUUGAAGAUAUCACAAGGAAAUGUAAUGGGAAGUUUAAUGGGUUGCUUGAUUUACAAGAACAACUCUGCAAUGACAUUUCAAAAUCAAGUUCAAUCAAAGUUCAUGAUGUUUCGGUAUACACUGCAAAGAUAGAGAAUGCACUAGCCCGUAAAAGGGUGUUUCUAGUUCUUGAUGAUAUCAGUACUCUUGUUCAGUUGGAUGCAUUACUUGGAAGCAAAGGAUUUCUUCCCGGAAGCAAAGUUAUAAUUACAACAAAGGACAGUUGGUUGACAGAGAGUUGUUCUUUAUUCAAAACAAACAUUAAACCCAAGCAUGAAAGGCAUUUGCUUCGAGGCUUAGAUUAUUUUGCAUCGCUACAACUUUUGUGUUCCCAUGCAUUCAUGUGCAACCAACCCAAGGUGGGAUAUGAAGAGGUGUCUGAUAAGCUUGUUAUGUAUUGUAAAGGACAUCCAUUGGCUCUUGAAGUUUUGGGAAAGUCUUUGCAUAAUCGAGAUGUAUCUUAUUGGGAAGGGUGCAUUAAAGGGUUAAAGAAAGAAAUUAGUUCCCCUAUAAAUAAUGUCUUGAAAAUGAGCUUCGAAUCCUUGCCAUCCAAAAAUGAUAAGGAGUUGUUUAAGCAUAUUGCUUGUUUUUUUGUUGGAACAGAUAGAGAUUUUACCGAAACAAUAUUAGAGGCAUGUGAUAUAAACACAAGAUCCGGGAUCACGAAUCUCAUUGAUAGAUGUCUCCUUAAUAUUGGAUUUAAUAACGAAUUGAGGAUGCAUCAGUUGGUUCAGGAGAUGGGAAGAUUUGAAGUACGUCAAGAAUCACUUGACAAGCCAUGGAAGCGAAGUCGAUUAUGGUGUCAUAAGGAGUCAUUCAGAGUGUUGAAACAAAAAAAGGGUAAGGGAAAUCUUGUAGGCCUUUCCCUUGACAUGCGGAUGCUUGAGAAGGAAAAGUUGUGUGCAUCAUUUGAGUUGAAAACAGAUGCAUUCAACAACAUGGAUAAGUUGAGGCUACUUCAACUCAAUUAUGUGCAUAUGAAUGGGUCUUAUGAGAACUUUCCAAAAGAAAUAAGUUGGUUGUGUAUGCAUGGGUACCCUUUACAGUCUUUACCUUUAAACUUACCUAUACAAAAUCUUGUCGCCCUUGACCUGUCAUACAGCAAUAUCAAGUCUUUUGUCGGUUGUUAUAGUAAUCCACAGCGAUUUAAUGUGGACGCUGUUUCAAAAAAUUUACUUUUUUUUAUUUGUUUGUAUUGGCUUUUUUAUUUCCUCUUUGCCGAUGGUCUCCUACGAAAGCAGUUUCCCAACCCUAUGUUGGGGGAUGCCAACCAUCCUACCUCCCCCUUAUCCCAUCUGUAUGGAAUCGGGCUAAUGUUACUGUUGUUGUAUAGUAAUCCACAACGACUUGAGACGUGGAAAAAGUUGGAUGGAUCGUGCUUAAAAGAGAAAAGGUUGCUAGGAUCACUGAAGAUUCUUAAUUUAAGUUUUUGUAAACAACUUCAUAGUCUUGGUGAAUUUGACCAACUUCCUGCACUUGAGAGGUUAAUAGUUAGAAAUUGCAUUGGUUUGGUUGAGGUUUGUGAAUCAAUUGAGCAAUGUGUUGACCUUAUCUUCAUCGAUUUGAGCUACUGCAAGAAGCUUGAAAGACUUCCAAGAAACAUAGGCAUGUUGAAGAAUGUUAAAACAAUGUUGCUAGAUGGUUGUAGUCUUGGUGAAUCUCAAAUCCAGAUUAGGGAUACGGAUUCACUGGAAUUGGGCAAGGCUAACAACAUUGACAUAAAUACAAGAACCUCUUCCCCUGCCUUUGUGGGUGCCAUACCAAGUGAUUUGAAGUUGUUUGCAAGUUCUUUACCGAGUUCCCUAGUAAGUUUGUCACUUGCAAAUAGUAAUUUGUCCACUAAAUCCUUUCCCAUGGACUGGAGUUGCCUAUCCAUGUUAAAGGAAUUAUAUUUAGAUGGCAAUCCUAUAAAUUCCAUGCCCAGUUGUGUGAGAACCCUUCCUAGGCUUGAGAUACUUAGUAUGGAGAAUUGUAAAAAAUUAAAGUCAGUUGAGCAUCCUCCAUGUACACUAAGCAGGUUGCUCUUUUCUGUUAAUGGGGAUCUUCAAGGAAAAGUCGUAUUUGAUCCAGAGAUGUCCCCACUAGAGUUAUCACCAAGGCGGGUGGCUUCCGCAGCUUUCUCAUAUGAAUUUGAAGGCAUAAUCAAAAUCCAACCAAUGGUAUGUGUUGAGGAAAAAGUAUUACGUAGCUUGGGCUGGAGUAAUUUAGACUUCCUUAACGAAAGGCAUUUGGGAGCUAAUUCUCAGGAAUUUGGAACCCAGACGAUGUAUUAUGAAUUUGGAAUAUUCAGCACAAAGUAUGAGGGGGAGGAGAUGCCGAGUUGGUUUAGACAUAGAAGCGUGGGGCCAUCAAUAUCAUUUACCAUCCCAUCAUCAUCAUCAUCAUCUCCAUACAACCUCCUUACAAGACUCAACUUCUGCUUCUCUGCUGACACAUUGAAACCUCCCGAUGAUUGUUUUCCAGUUCCAUAUGGUCAGUUCCCUCUAUGGCCAAUGAUGACAAUUAGUAAUAUAACAAAGAACCGCAUGUGGAUAUACGAACGUUACACGGACAGAUAUUGUGUAGGUGGAAAGUGUUGGGUGGUGUUAAGUCAUUGGAUGUUUGGGAUGAAUGAGAUGGAGGCUGGUGACCAUGUUACUAUUACUGUUACCCUGCCAUAUAAUGAAUUUGUAAAGGAGUGUGGGGUGAGUUUUGUCUAUGAUAAUGGAGAAGAAGAAGAUGUGUUGGGUUAUUACAAGUCAUGGAAUCACAUAAUUGGUGGAGAUCUCUCCCCUUUUCAAACAACAACAGGACAAUACAUCCUAAACCACUUGCGCUUUUUUGUGUCUGGCAUUUAUUUGUUUCCAUAUCAUCAUAAAUUCGUUCCAGAUGGCCCUGACUUUCAAGCACAAAAAGAAUUGUGGUUCAGAGCUUUAUCCCCAAGGAAGCCUGGCAUAAAUGGUGGCGCACAUGAGGCAUACUUUUUGACACCCAAACCUUUUCUCUCUUCGCAUGAACAACAGUUAUACACAACCAAAUAUUAGGAAUGAAAUUUCGCAAUUGGUAUAGGAUGCAACAAAAUAAGAUGAGUUAUAACCUUGCAAUGAAUGCUUGAAAAUGGCAAUUUUAGAAUUCCACAAACAUUGAAUACGGUUAUGAGUUUCUGUUCAUACCUUGUCUAAACACCAAAUCAAAUUCUCACCAUUCGUGUGAUAUACACUUGAGACCAAUUCAUAGAUUCAUCAUGUUCAGUAGAUGUUGUUGUUGGGUAAAAAAUUUCGUUAGAAACAAACCAUUGCAAUUUGGAGAACAAUAUGAAAUUGUUUUAGCAUAUUUGCUUGAUUUAUAAGGAAUCUUAUUGAUAUAUGCCUUCUUACGAUAGGACCAAACAUCAUGUUGACAAUGGAUAAAUUGCCUCAAAAAUUUUGGAAGAGAUGUAUCACAAAGAGUCAUUAAUUCUGUUUAAUAAAGAAAAUGUAAAUUAAUAUAUACACUUCCAAGUAACUAUCUGUAUUCAUAGCAUUUUGUAUUUUAUUGUGUAUACUUACACAACUUUUAAAAUUUUCUUACUUUUCCUUCAU